GCCAAUUUUAUUCUUAAUAUCUCAAAAGGCGUACUAGUAAACCUUUAUAUAAUCAACUUUUUAGAAUGGAAUUAAAACUCGCAUUUCUGUGCUUUGUAUUGUGUUUCCGGGAUGUUUCGACCGCUGUUAUAGGAGACCAUUGCGGGACUCUCACAAGCCCAUCAAAUGGUGUCGUAACGUACACAUCCACGAUACAAGACUCCGUUGCUACGUAUAAUUGUGAUACCGGGUUUGCAAUUGAUGGCGUCACGACUAGAACUUGUUCUGCAGUUACACCGAAAGUCUGGUCUGAUACAGCACCUACUUGCAUUGAAGUGACUUUGGGAUUGGACUGUACCGCAGACGUGACACUUUGUACUGGCAUUGCCAACAGCGAGUGCUCCGACGGACAGUGCCAGUGUGUCAGCGGCUAUGUGGCGGGAGAUGCAAGUACCUGUAAUGACAUCGAUGAAUGCGCCUCGAUGCCUUGUCUGAACGGCGCCACGUGUAUGAAUGAUGUCGACAUGUACACCUGCACAUGCGCAGCAGGGUACCACGGCGUCAACUGUGAUUCAUCGGCUCAAAUAGGAAUAACAAGUGUGUUAAAAUAUCUCACAUGACAUCAACUACAGUACAACAGUAUUCUGCCAAUCAAAAGUUCAAAAUUGAUGUUUACAACGGUAUGAAAUAAUGUAAACUCUUUUUUCUUGUCGACGAGUGUAAUAAUUGACCUUUUAAUGAUGCAUUUCAAUUUAAGUCAAAAUAUAUGAAUAAGUAUGUCUCCCCUUCGACUUAUAGAGGCAUACUGCUUUUGACAUGGUUAACCGUCUAUCUGUCCGUCUGCAUGUAUGUCUAUCCAUCACAAAACAUCGUGACUUGCGUAAUAACAAAAGUGUGUGUAGCUGCAAUGGGCCUUAAUGUUCUGUAAGCAGUAUUUGCAAAGUUAUAGCCCUUUGCAAAUUUAAAAGUAGUAUACAUAGUUUGUGUCGAGCGUAUCUUCAAAAGUAUAUGAACCUGAGUAACAACUUCGUAUGAAUGUAAACCAG